GCUCUGCAAGGCGGGGCGGGGCCGUGCCGGGCGCUGCGGGCUCCGGGCGGCGCCAUGAAGGACUGCGAGUACCGGCAGAUCCCGCCCGGUGCCGCCGCUCCGGGACCCGCCGCUUCACCUCCGCCCGCUGCACCGGAGCGACCAGCCGAGAACCAGCGGCCCCGACGGAAAUGGGAGGCGUUCCCGGGCCGAAACCGCUUCUACUGCGGCGGGCGGCUGAUGCUGGCGGGGCACAGCGGAGUGUUCGCCCUCACGCUCGGCCUCAUCCUGACCACCAGCGGACUCUUCUUCGCCUUCGACUGCCCCUUCCUUGCCCGUCACCUGACCCUGGCCAUCCCCAUCAUUGCAGCCGUCCUCUUCUUCUUCGUCAUCAGCUGCCUCCUCCAGACCAGCUGCAGGGACCCCGGGAUCCUGCCCAGAGCCACCCCCAGUGAGGCUGCAGACCUGGAGAAGCGCAUCGAUGCCAUGGGGACCUCCACGUAUCGCCUGCCAGCCCGCACGAUGGAAGUGGUCAUCAACAAGUACGUGGUGAAGCUCAAGUAUUGCUACACCUGCAAAAUGUUCCGUCCCCCACGCACCUCUCACUGCAGCGUCUGCGACAACUGCGUCGAGAGGUUUGAUCAUCACUGCCCCUGGGUGGGCAACUGCGUGGGGAAGCGCAACUACCGCUACUUCUACGCCUUCAUCCUCUCCCUCUCCUUCCUGACAGCCUUCAUCUUCGCCUGCGUUGUCACCCACCUCACUCUGCGCUCUCAGAGAGAUGGAUUCCUCACCACUCUGAAGACAACACCUGCAAGUGUGCUGGAAGCUGUGGUGUGCUUUUUCUCCGUAUGGUCCAUUGUGGGCCUCUCAGGUUUUCACACUUAUUUAGUUGCCUCAAACCUGACCACGAAUGAAGACAUCAAAGGUUCCUGGUCAAAUAAGAGGGGCUCGGAGUUUGCCAAUCCUUACAGCCAUAAAAGUAUCCUCACAAACUGCUGUGCGGUGCUGUGUGGACCAUUCCAUCCCAGUUUGAUAGACAGAAGAGGCUUCAUCCAGCCAGAUGUGGGGACGCCGGCCAGUCCAAAGAGCGAAAUCCCUUCCUUUGGAGCCAAACCUGACACCAGCAUGGUAGGAGGCGUGCCAUAGCGGUGCCGGGAUGUAGCCCAGUGCCUGCCAUGCCUGCGCCUAUCUCCAGCAGUACCUUCCCUUCUCACCAUCUCCCUGGCCUCAGGCAGGACAGCCUUGUGAUGCAGAGCUGCCAAAGACUCGCUCGAGCCAUACGUUGCCUUUUUUUUUUUUAUUGUUAUUAUUUAUUUAUUGGUUUUGUUUCUUCCUUUCACUGUGAUGUCACCUGCCUGGACUUCCGACUGAUGCAAGACCCCAGGGCUGCCUGGUGCCAGGAAGCAGGGAUCCCUCCUGCAGGGAAUCAAAAUGGGGCUGGGGAGAGCCCUGAGCCUGGAGCUUUGCUCUCACCCUGCGUGGGGUGAUGAGGGGCUGAGGAUGGGGCUGAUGGAGGGAUCCUGCUUGGAGCUGUGCUGCUGAGCCUUAUCUGCUGGGCUGGUGCAGGUGGAAGCUCCCUGGUGCCCCUGCUGUAUCCAUGAACGCUUCUUGUUCCUCCAUGCCAAAGCAGAGGGGUUGUUGUGUGUCUUAGUGGCCAGGUAUUCAGUUUGACCCGUUGCCAGAGUGGCUUUUCUUUUCCAGCAGCUGCUGUGCCUUGCUGAGUUGUGGUUGUGCAGCUGUGGGAGCUGGUUGGGCAUCCAGGCUGCUGCUGGCCCUGUGUUCUGUCUGCUCAGUGGGGGAGUGCUGGGGAGAUCUUGGCAUGCUGGCUGUGGCUGUAGGACAAAGCUCUGCAGCAAGGGCACAAGCUGGGAGGACUCUUGAAGUGAGGAGGAAGAAACACAUCCACCAUCCUGCAGCUCUCCUUGUGAGAAGCUCCAGCUGUGAGAUUUGGGAUCCUUAACUUGCCAGGGAAGCCUGGCUGCAUUUGUCAUGUAGGAGAAUGGAAGGCUGCAGGAAAGUGGUGACUUCCCAAGGGCCGUGCCUUCCCCAGGUGGUUACAUAGAGGGGACAGCAAGCAGGUUCUGAUCUCUGGCAGCCUCACAUUGCUUUGGGUUUUGGGCCAGCAGAGAACUCAGAGUGAUCCCUGUGUGCCUUGGUGCAUCAUUCCCAGCCCAUGGAGAUGUGGGUGAGCCAGGCUGUGCUCCCAGCUCUGCAUGUUGCUGACAGGAGCAGUUAGAAGGAGAGUCACAGACCUUGUUAGCAAUACUUGAAUCGCGUUACUAAAAGCUGCUGGAUAAUUUUGCACAAUUUGUAGAUAUUUUUUUCUAUGUAAUGUUUUUAUAUUCGACGUAGGUAGCGUUGUGCAUGUUAGCACCAGGGAGGAGCCUUGCAGGGCUUUGUGUUGGGUUCCUUGGGAGCUGCAGGCAGGGGUUUCAGCCUGGGGGGGGGCAGCCCGUCCUGCUGAGUUAGUCAGGGCUGUGCUGUGUGACUGUGCCAUGGCCACCAGCUUGCCUUCCCCUCUGCAAAGAGCCCGGUUGGCUCCAUGGGCUCAGGUGAGAGCGUGGCAGCUGCUCCAUUUCUGCUGCAUCCCAGCAGAUGGCCCUCGCUGAGCGCUAUGGGAGCAGCGUGGCUCCGUGCCAUCCCAUGGGCUGCGUCCUUCAGCCUUUAAGCCUAAAACCCACCUUGGCAUCCAGAGAGGCUGCUGUGCCUCUGUGUCCCCACAGCUGUGCCAGGGGUUUGUCCCCGCCAGCAAGGGCUGAAAUGGAGGGCCUGGGGCUGGGAGAGCAGCUUGCAGGGUGUCAGCGGGGCCCAGGCUCCUUCCUGUUCUUAUUGAAACCAGUUUCCUUGAUUACUCGUUGUAAUAAAAUUCUAUUUUUAAAGAGUUAA